AUUCACCAUUCACCCAUAUCAAAAGUCCAGCUUUCCAGUCUCUCACCCCAUUCCCUGGCCUUGGUCUCGCUCCACGCCCUUCCGAGCCUCGCUCCCGCCUCUUCCCUUCUCCGCGCUCUCUCUGCUUACCAAACCCACAUGUUAAUUUUGUGCAGCUGUCGCCGGGGCGUCUCUCGCGACGGUGUGACGUCUUUGCACCUCCACGCUUCGUGCCCUUCUGCCUCCAUUCUGCACCACCCCGAUGGACCUCGUUUCGAGACCCCUGGACCAUCCAGACCGCGCCGACUCCGCUGAGCCAAGCUCGACACGGCCCAACCCUUUUGAUGACGGCGACAUCUCCUCCCGAAAACGACGGCGCACCUCCCUCUCGGGCUCGCCAGGUGCUUCCCACGAUACCGUUAAUCCUAUCAACGAAUCCUCGAGAUCCUCUACCCUCGAAGGCGAGCCCCUCCUCUCCGACGACGCACCAGCUGCAAAGAUCCACCAAGAACCCAUCACGCCCCAAACCCCCGAGCAACGGUGUGUCUCACAAGAGCCUGCGACCGAGCCUUCAUCCAGCAUGGUCACGAUAAACCUUCGCAACGCCCCUCUGAGAGACGAGGCAUCAUCUUCCCCCGUCUCACCUUCGCCGAGCACUAAGGACCCGGCCAACAGCGCAGCUCCCAGUGCCCGGGCCGAUAACGUGAAAAGCAGCGUCGAAGACCCCGAAGUCGACAUGGCUGCUCCCACCCAGAGCUUGGAUACCCCGCAGUCGUCGUCGUCUAGUUCGGGGAGCCCCCCAAUCGAGAUCAUUACAGUGCCAUCCGAUGAAGAUAUGCCAUCGGGUCCGCAAAGCGUGGACCUCACGAUGUCUGGAGAGGACUUGGUUUUGAUCGACCCUGUUCAGGAUUUCCCCUUCAAUGACCCGGAGGAGAGCCUUGUCGAGACGGUACAUCGACUUACUCAAUACUUCUCAACCCAAACCCCGUUAGAUGAGACCGUGCUCGAUAGCAUCCAGCAAUGGCUCGAGCAAUACCUCAGGUACAUCAAGGAUGUCAACCAGCAGUCCGCUUGGGACUCGUGCCAUUUAAACCGAAGUUUUUGGCAAGCUUUCCCGGAGGUUAUUGUGGCAUUGUCAUGUCGAAAACCGCCCAUGGCGAAGUCCCCCACACUACGAAGCGUCGUCAUGGAUCUGUAUUCUGGGUUUGCAAAAUUGACGGCAUGGUUUAUCGCCUUCGACCACCAUAUUAUUCAAGAGUUGCUGUCAGCGCAAGCAAACCAAAAUCGUCGCAGUCCAGAUCUGCUCUCUCUCUGGUAUCUCCAGUCGCUACACGGGCUCACUCGCCCACGAUUCAGUGGCGAGCAAGUUCCAGAGACUGAACUUCCGUCCCCGCGAUCAGACGAUGCGUCCUAUCUUAUCAAAGAAUUCCAAGGCAGUCAGGGCGGCAGCUUAGCUUGCCUGAUUCAGUUCGCCGCUGGCCUGAUCGACCUUAUCCCAACAUUCCCGAGGUUGGCCGAUAGUUUGGCACCAAUAUGUCAGAUUGCUGCAGACAUCAUGGGAGAUCCCGUCCUCGUACUGUACACCCCACAAGGUGUGUCAACGCCAAAGCAACGGCUUGAGAUGGGCCAUCAGCUCCACAAUUUGGUCUCAGAUACACUCACGACAAUGAUCGAGAAGCAUGUCACUCAAUUAAACAGCGACAGUCUCACGUGCGCAAUCCAGGCCUUGUCAGAUAUGCUCAAGUUGAGCCUUCAAGGUAGCCAUCAAGCCGCAACCGACAUGGUUCUGGAACAUCGACAAUCCUACCCCAACCUUCCACCCAGAUACACGGCUGAGGCAAUCGUCUGCGAGAAGAGAUUUUCCAUCUUGACAAAGCUCAUCAGGUCAAGCCAGAUGCAACUCCGAGUCAUGGGUGUCACAACCAUGUGCGGCGACCUAAUAGCGUAUUGGAAACGACAUGGUGACACUGGAGAGGAAGUUAGCACCGCCUAUCUCAACCAUCUUGCCGAAUAUUUGCUUCGCACAGAGUUGAUCGAGUACAUUCUGGGUCCGAACUGCCACCCAGAGAUUACGUUUGAGAGCGCCAAUAUCAUUGGUUUUCUAGUGGUAACGAGAAUGUAUCGUGAGGAGCACACCGAUUUAUUGUGGCAAGGCAUAACAUCGAGCCAGGAUCCCCGAGUGGCCGAUGCACUGACCCGGAUGCUCACUAAUAUCACAAACCUCUUCGACUAUAACGGGCUCCUAGUUCUCUGCGGCAAGUUGCAAACGUUACCAAUCGAGGGCUUUACCCCAGUAAUUCGGGCUCUUUGGGAGGCCAUCCUGCGACACAUGGUUUCGAGACCUAGUGUCGACCGGCCGACCCUCAGCUUUCAUCCCUAUGAUCUGUGUUUGCGGCUACUGAGAGAAUCUUCGAUCUGCGGGGCCAGCUCACAGGUAGCACAUCCUGAAAUCCAACAUGCUGCAAUGCAGAAAUUUAAGGAACUUCUAGCCUACGGCCCAGAUGCGGAAGGCCGCCAGCAACUAUACGAAAGCUGCAUCAAGGACAUUGCCGAACAAUCAACCACAACCUUGGGUAGCCUCUGGUGCUUGUCCAUGGCUAUUCGGCCCGCUGUUGUCGCGGAGGUGCAUGUUUUAACGGAAAAGCAUGACCUGGCGAAACUCAUUGUGGACGAGCUAGAGCAUGCAAUCGAGGCAGGGCGAGCAGCUGGUGUUCCGGCUGUUCUCUAUGGUGGCACCAAUCAACCCCGAAGAGAGUUCAUCGCUCACAUCAUACAACUCGAACCUCAGACGAUCAGUGGAGAACUAGGAGCCAGGCUCUGGGCCAUGUUGGUUGGGCCACAAUCACCGGGCCUUGACGACAGGCGAGCCGGCUGGAGCAUCCUCAACACUGUCAAGCAAUCUUCAUUCCAGAAUCCAUUUCUGCGGACAUGCUUAACCCAAUAUCUCCCAGCUCUUCCCCCUUCGUGUUUCUGCGACGGCAUGCUAGAGUUUGUGCGAGGCGGGAUCUUGCCUCGUCUGAACGAAAUGGGAGAGCUCCUUCUUGAUGAUCAAGACAUGUUGGCAGCGAGUGGCAUUGAAGAAUUGUGGCGCUUGAUCCUGGAGUCCGAUGACACCAAUCUUGUUGACCAUUCAGUUCGGACACUCGCUGUCGAGGUUUACAUUGAGAGCCGACAUAUAUCGACAAACUCACUUCAUCGAACCCGACUCAUUCAUCUCGCACUGGUGAACCGGUGCUUACGUCAACUGAAAGAGGCGGCACGAACAAUCAAAGCGUCGAGUGAUGGUACCAUAAGCGGCGACGAUGAGCCGAUGGUGAUAGUCGCAACUGAGGAGCAAGUUCAUGAACAAGAGCGUAUCUUUACCCGGUCCUUGAAAUUUCUGAGAUUCUUCUUGGAAGCCCAUCAGUCGAAGCCACACUUUGCAGCGCCUGACUUGAGAACUCUGAUUUCCCAAGCUCCAUAUCAGGUAGAGGGUGAUUCUGCUGAGCUAAAGUAUCAAUCCUUCGAUGGCAACAGUCAGACGGAAGUGAAACCGCUGAGCAUCGGAAAACUCAACACGGCAGCCUCCCUUCUUGCCAGCCUGAAGCAAGAGACUGGAUUCGACAACUAUCGGGUCUACUAUCGCGGACGACCAUUUCUCCCCAAUGAGCAUGAAAUUUGUCAAUCAUUGGAAGACCUUCAUGUUCAAGAUGGCCUCAUCCUGGUCAAACGUGAGGAAGACGGUCCCUCCCACCCUGCCCGGGUCAAACCCGGGGCUUCCCCUCUCGAGGUUGAGAUUUCUGCACAUUUUGAUGAGAUGUGGGAAUAUCUAAGCAUGGAAGAAAAGCUUGCGCAAGAGAUUUACCAUUUCCUUGUGAAGCUUCCGACGGAUGGUCACAUCUUGAAGUCCAUCGACAGCGACGGGUCAUCUUAUCGCGAUGUGUUUCCUCCCGGACAACCAUACAAAUCACUCUAUGCAGUUCAUGCGCUCCUCCAGUACACUGAGGCUGCCCUCCACGGAAGGGUAAAUUCGGAACGUGGUGCUUGCGAUGGAACUGAGGACCGUCCUUCUCAACCAGUUUCCUACGCUCAGGCUGUGAAGACGUCGUUGUCGUUGAUCGUGCAAGCAAUCUCCGACGAAGAUGUUCUUGAUCGAGCUUCUUUAGGUUUGCGCUUGAAACUUUCUUCUGCUUUGAUCCAUGCUUUUAUGCGCUUUGCCGAUAGACUCGACACGCCAAAAGGCUCGUUCAAGAUGGCCAACAUAGUGAUCCCUACCCCUGACCGCCUGGUCAAUAUUCUCGAAAAUGCUACAGCCAUUCCUGAUGAAAGCCCGAUGCCGCUCAUAGCGGCAACGCUUUCUACUAUAAUGCGACUCUGCUUCCUCGACGAUGAGUUCUGGGGGAAACUCAGCACAAGCUCUGCCUUUUCGUCACUGCUUCAGAGAAUGCUUCUCACUGACCCCCGAAGUGGAGUUAGGGCAGUGACAGCCAAAUUGAUCGAGGAACGCUUUUCCCCUGAUUAUGUGUUUUCAACUCAUCAUUCCACCAUCCCCGCUGGUGGGCCGAGAACAACGCCUAUGACGAAAUACUUUUGGACCAUUGUUUCCGAUUUGGUGCCGCAAACUGCCAGAUCGCCAAACCAGUGCGAUGAAGUCUUCCGGAUGGCCCAUUCUCUUCUCGUGAAGAUGACCGCCAGAUCGCCUGAGCUACUUGACACCCCCCAGCUUGCUUUUCGGACUAGUCAGCUUCUACUUGAUCAUGUCUCAACAGAGAAUGUUGGCCAAGUGGGGUUCGGCGACUCAUACGCAAAAGGCCUGACGUCACUUCUGCACUUGUGUCUGCAGCUGGAUAGUUCCAUCGCAGUAUCUGCUUUGCCGGUUACUCUUGCGAAAGAUCUCUUCUGGAAGCAUCUGUAUCCGGCGAAGCGAAGCCAAAGCGAGCAACCAGUACCCAAAGUUCUGCUCAGUGUCGAAACGCGGGCGAAGCUGUCCGAGAUUGUGUUUAGUCUAGCGAAACAUGACAAGGAACAAGUCCAAGGGCUGGUGACGGACCUUGAAUCCCUGGUACCAUUCUACUCAGACGAUGAAGACGAUCCAUAUCUCUACGAACUUCCGUAUCAGUUUGAGAGAUCAAAGGCACUUCGGUCACCCUGUGGUUAUAUUGGCCUUCAGAAUCUGUCCAACACUUGCUACCUCAACUCGCUACUUACGCAACUUUUCAUGAACACUGGUUUUCGCCGUUUCAUCAUGAAUUCCAGAGUUCGUGAUCCUGCCAACACCCAACUGCUGCUCUUCUACACGCAGAAGCUGUUCGGUUAUAUGCAGGAAAGCUACCGGCGAUAUGUUGACCCCACCAACGUUGUGAACUCCAUCAAAACCUACGAUGAUACUCUUAUCGAUAUCCAUAACCAAAUGGAUGUGGACGAGUUCUACAGCCUGCUUUUCGAUCGUUGGGAAGGUCAACUGCUAAAUAGCGAGGAAAGGAAGAAACUGCGGUCGUUCUAUGGCGGCCAACUUGUCCAGCAAGUCAAGUCCAAGGAGUGUGAGCACAUUUCGGAGAGGCUUGAACCAUUCUCUGCUAUCCAGUGUGAUAUCAAAGGAAAGAGCACCCUCGAGGACAGCCUUCAAGCAUAUGUGGAUGGCGAGAUCAUGGAAGGAGACAACAAGUACAAGUGUUCAACAUGCGAUAGACACGUCGAUGCUAUCAAAAGGGCGUGCUUGAAAGAUAUCCCGGACAAUGUGAUAUUCCAUCUGAAAAGGUUCGACUUCAACCUCCGCACCUUGCAACGGAGCAAGAUCAACGACUACUUCUCAUUCCCUGCGCGUGUCAAUUUACGGCCGUAUACUAUUGAGCACUUGAGCCAGCCAGAAAAUGACGAUGAAGAGGACAUGUUCGAGCUUGUCGGAGUUCUUGUUCAUUCUGGCACAGCUGAAUCUGGGCACUACUAUUCGUACAUACGAGAGCGCCCUUCUUUCGGUGACCGGCAGAGUUGGGUUGAGUUUAAUGACGACAUGGUAACACCGUGGGAUCCUGCAAUGAUGGAGAGCUCGACUUUUGGCGGCCCCGAUCAUCGUCCUCCCUACGACACGAACGGUAUUCUGUACGACAAGACUUACAGCGCUUACAUGCUCUUUUAUCAGCGCACUUCUUCGCUCCGAGCUGAGCAAGAAGCGAUGGUGAAACUGAGCACCCCUGUGCCUCUCCGAGUUCCGGUAGCGGAGAGCCUGAAAGACCACAUCCUGGAUGAAAAUACCAUCAUUCUGCGACGUCAUUGCCUCUUCGAUCCGAGCCAUACGAGACUGAUCCAGAUGCUCUUUCAUCAAUCCAGAGUCCUCUGCGAGAGAGAAUCAAACAAUAUGAGCCUCGAUCAAGGAGUCGAUGAAUAUAUGUCUCCCCAGCUCGAGGAUCAUAGUCUCAAGGAUUUGGCGAUGCAAGUAGUUGUUAACAAUCUUGAUCAAGUCGUCACAAGAGCAAAGGAUAUCCCCGACUUCCAGGCCUUCUCAAAGAUGAUUAGCGACGCCAUCGUUGGGUGUCCCCAAUGUGCGCUUUCAUUCUUCGAAUACUUCAACAGGCGCCCCAGUGUUUUCCGCGCUUUGCUUCAACGAAACCCGGACUCCAACGUUCGUCUCUUCAUGAGCAAAAUGUUUAUUUGGGCUCUCGAAAGAAUCUCCAGCGCACUUCCCGCCGUCUAUGACCCACCGCCUUCACGAGACGCAAGUACCGAGAUGGGUGAGGAUGAGAACGAGAUCAGUCGUGUACGCCAUGGCAGUAGACGUUCCGUUCUUGGCAGCACGAUACGUAUCUUCAACCACCUUUGGGGGUAUUUCCACAUUCAUAUCAGGGCAUGGGAUGAGCUCUUCACAACCAUUCUAGGAUUUGCCAGAUUGGGGAGUCGCGAGGUUGCAUUUCUCCUCGCAGGCGAUUAUCUGGCCAAGCUGCUCCGGAUCGUUUCAGCCGACCCAAUGAUGGACCUUCCGCCGAAUUAUGCCCGAAUGCUACAUAAUGUUAUGCGGCGAAUCAACACCACGCGGCCCCCAUCGUACGUAGCCAUCAUCGCGGUGAUCGGCUAUUUGAUGCAGCAGCUGGAGCCGGAACUUGGGCCUGAGACGAUCAUUGAAGACCCCACGGAGCGACUAGACCGCAUGGAGACGCCAUUCAACUGGACUUCUGAGGAGGUUGAAAUUGUUCACCACGGCCUAGAGGCAAGCGUGUCGAGUCUUUUCGUGGAAAAGCUAUUGGCGGUCGACCAGGCCCACGAUCUCACCGACGGUAUAAUCCGAUUCCUAGUUUCAACUAGUGUGCAGAUGGACACGAGGACUCUGGGCACUUUGAAGCGGUGCAUCCGAGGCGAAACGUCAACACAGGCCAUGGACCCAUUCUUGAGAGCAGCAAGUGUCUAUAUCGAAAGCACCGAGCAGAUCGACAACGCAACAAAGAUGGUGCAUCACAUCUUCUUACAGGCCAAAAGUUUGCAAAACACCGAAGGCACCCUCUUCCUCGAAUUCUUCAAGACGGCUUUGAAUCUCAAGCGGUCAGAAGAAGCGUUUGUGGCGACGGUUCGCGCCGACAGCCUCAAGCUAGUGCCCAAAUGGGGUCCUUACCUCCUUGUAUACCCGGACGCCACUACUCGAUCCAAUACGGAAGACUUCUUUGAUCGGGAGCUCUUCCAGUUUGUGGCUCAUAGUGGCUCCCUCCAAGAAAUCGGUCUGGAGCGGAAGGAGGCCAUGAUUCAAGCCAUCAAACAGCUUGGUCUCAUGUGCCUGGCGUAUCUGCAAGAGAACCACGUCAGACGGCGGAUACACUUGAGACGCGACGUGGCGAGCAUCUUUCUCCAGGUGAUUGGACAGUGCUCCAUGGUGAUUGACCCAGACCCCGAGACACAAGAAGAAGCGGAUGCCGACUUCUUGUCGCUGCAACGCGAAGUCGUGGACCCUGUGCGAAGACUCGUUAUCGAUGAUGUAGAAGAGGAAGGGUCCGGUAUGUUACAGUCAUUCAGCGACUCCGACACAAUCACAGCAGACUUGGCAUGACGGCUGACCUUGGGCAAAGAAUGGGAAGGCUCCUGCGGCUCAUCGGAUCACAUUGAUGAAGUGGGGAUGAGCAACCCAGCAAUCAACGAAUUGAACGACGUGGAUUUGGUAUAAGAAUUACGAGAGAGUGGGCAGGAUCAUUGAAAAGGGAUCG